AUGGAGGACCAAUCGAACUAUGGAAUCUCCAAUGCCGCUUCUCCUGGAAGCAACCCAAUUCUUUCGCAACCACCUCUGCAGCCUGCUGCGCCCGCCGCAGGUGAUGGAGCUGAAGAUGUCCAGAUGACCGAGGGCCCUGUUGCCGAACCCAACAUCAAGCAGGACAGCGCAACACCCGCACCAGGUGUUACGUCCGACAACCCUCUCGAUGCUCCCGAUGGGCCCGCGCCUGAGGCUACGCAGGACCAAGAAAUGGACGGUUCUCGCGACGAAAUGAAAGAUGGCCAGGUUGCGGCAAAGGAUGGCGACGAUGCCGCUACCGGAAACGAUGCUGAAGGACAAGAUUCCAAGACCAAGGAGACCCUCGAAUCCGCGGCUCGGGAGCACCUCAUCUCUCAAACGCAUGCUAUUGUCCUGCCGAGCUAUAGCACCUGGUUUGACAUGAACACCAUUAACGACAUUGAGCGUAAGGCCAUGUCCGAAUUCUUCAACAGUCGCAACCGCAGCAAGACACCUGCCGUCUACAAGGACUACCGCGACUUCAUGAUCAACACCUACAGACUGAACCCUGUCGAAUAUCUCACUGUCACGGCUUGCCGGCGCAACCUGGCUGGAGACGUUUGCGCCAUCAUGCGCGUUCACUCUUUCCUUGAGCAGUGGGGAUUGAUCAACUACCAGAUCAUUUGCGACACGCCCCGUGGCCUCCAGCCCUGGCAACCGUCUGCCGAUGCCGUUGUCUCGACUGGCAAGCCAAGUGCCGAUACCGAUAAGAAAGCUACGGCAACGUCUGCUGCCAAGAGCGAUCUUAACUUGGAAGUUAGCCGGAACAUUUAUGAGGCAAGCGCCAAGGGAACGAAGCUGAACAAAACGGAGCCCAAGACCAAUGGCGAAACACCUGUUACUAACGGUAUCUCGGGUGUCGAGGAGGCUACAAAGACGCCUAUUGUCAAGGUCAACUGCUACACAUGCGGCAUCGACUGCACCAGAUUAUAUUACCACAGCUCGCAGGCCGAUCCCAACUCCAAGACCAAGUACGAUGUUUGCCCUAGCUGCUACCUCGAAGGUCAUCUUCCUGGCAACCAGACCAGUGCCCAGUUCACCCGCAUGGAGAACCCUACUUACACAACCGUUCUCGACCGGGACGCGCCGUGGAGCGAUGCCGAAAUUCUCCGGUUGCUUGAGGGUAUUGAGAGAAUGGACGACGACUGGAAUGAAAUUGCGGAUCACGUGGGUACUCGAACGCGCGAGGAGUGUGUCUUGCAGUUCUUGUCGCUGGAUAUUGAGGGCAAGUACGCGGACUCGGACCUCGCCGUGAAUGCCCCAACCGGCCUUGCGAUGCUCGGACAGCAGGGUGGUCAUCUGCCUUUCAGCCAAGCGGACAACCCUGUCAUGUCAGUGGUUGGUUUCCUAGCGGGCCUCGCGGACCCUGCAAGCACGGCGGCGGCGGCCAACAAGUCGGCCGAGGAGCUAAAGCGCAAGCUCCGCAGACGGCUUGAGGGCGAAAGCUCCGAGGAGCAGGCUGUCACCAACGGCAAGGGCAAAGACAAGGAUGGUGACUCAAUGGAGAUUGACAUCCGACAAGACGUAACGACUACGACAACGACAACAACGACGACGACGACGCUGGCGACCAUCCCCAUGGCCACUAUGGGUGCCCGUGCUGCCGGUCUUGUAUCACACGAGGAGCGUGAGAUGACGCGACUGGUUUCUGCUGCAGCAAACCUUACGUUGCAGAAGUUGGAGCUGAAAUUGAAAUAUUUCAACGAGAUGGAAGCCAUCCUGCAGGCAGAGCGGAGGGAGCUUGAGCGCGGCCGGCAACAACUGUUUCUGGACCGGCUUGCGUUCAAGCGCCGUGUCCGAGAGGUACAGGAUUCACUCAAGACGGCGGUUGAGACGGGUGGGGACCAAGGCCUGAAGAUGGCGCAAGAUGCCAUGACGGACGGUGCCAGCCUCACAUUCCAGGCGGCACCCGGGCCCGGCGCGGUACAGCCGCUGAGCAGCGAAGGGCAAAUCAAGAGCUUUGAAGCCUGA